AUGGUGCAGCAGAGUUGCGACAGACAAGGAGGAGGGACGGGUUGGGUCUUAAGGGAAGGCUCGAAAAGGGUGACAGGGGAAAUUACUAAGCUGGUUGCACGGAAAGCGCCACAUUGCCUUUUCAAGGUUCCCAGCAGAAUUUCUCCCCCACCAACACUCGACAAAACCGACCCGGGAAAAAGAAUUUGGUCGCAUGUUCGGUUGGCCCAGCAGGAUGAGGUGUACCUGAAACCUAGCAGCUCCCCUAUCUGGAAUUUCCAACUAGUGGGUUGGUCUACUUUAGCUGGUUUUAGCCAAGGUACAGAUGCAUGGGGAUCCACUGCCGUCGAUUGGCGGUCGAUGGCCGAUGGUCAGUCCCAAACGUGGUCCUCCAUUGGAAGCUCUCUUUGCCACCGGGUAAAGCUUCUGUUCUUUGUAGGUGGGGCUGCCCCAAUGAUGAACUCUGAAAGCGCCAGCGUUGGACGCGAUCAUCAGACCAUGAUGCAAGACCCGGUCAAUGCAUCGACAACAACGGUUAUUGAGAAAGGAGACCCCUACACGGAGAAAAGUGGGACCCGAGGAUCAAAGGCGGUGCUCAACGCCUCGGUACUAACGCAGGGAUGCUAG